GGAAACGAAACUGAUCGGAGUCUCUCUGUCGUCUGUCUGUGUGACAGUGAACAACCGUUCAAAUGGCUCAACAGGGAGUUCUGCUGGACCAGGACCAGUUCUGUUGUUCUGUCUGUCUGGAUCUACUGAAGGAGCCGGUGGCUAUUCCCUGUGGACACAGUUACUGUAGGAGCUGUAUUGAGGGCUGCUGGGAUCAGGAUGUCCUGAAAGGGGUCUAUAGCUGUCCUCAGUGCAGAGAGACCUUCACUCCAAGGCCUAAUCUGAGGAAAAAUAACAUGUUGGCUGAGGUGGUGGAGAAACUGAGGAAGACAGGACUCCAGGCUGCUCCCCCUCCUGCUCUGUGCUAUGCUGGACCUGGAGAUGUGGCGUGUGAUGUCUGCACUGGGACCAGAAAGCAGAAAGCCCUCAUGUCCUGUCUGGUGUGUCUGGCCUCUUACUGUGAGACUCACCUGCAACCUCACUAUGAAUCUCCUGCUUUGAAGAAGCACAAGCUGGUCAAAGCCACGGCACAACUACAGGAUAAGAUCUGCUCUCAUCAUGACAAACUGCUGGAGGUUUACUGUCGUACCGAUCAGCAGUGUAUCUGUUAUCUGUGUGUGAUGGAUGAACAUAAAGGCCAUGAUACAGUGUCAGCUGCAGCAGAGAGGACUGAGAAACAGAGGCAGCUGGGGAUGAGUCAGCAGAAGGUCCAGCAGAGAUUCCAGGAGAGAGAGAAGGAGCUGAAGGAGCUCCAACAGGCUGUGGAGUCUUUCAAGCGCUCUGCACAGUCAGCAGUGGAGGACAGUGAUCAGAUCUUUACUGAGCUGAUCCGCUCCAUUGAGAGAAGGAGCUCUGAGGUGAAGGAGCUGAUCAGAGCCCAAGAGGAGGCUCAAGUGAGUCAAGCUGAAGGACUCCUGGAGCAACUGAAGCAGGAGAUAGCUGAGCUGAGGAAGAGAAGCACUGAGCUGGAGCAGCUCUCACACACAGAGGAUCACAUCCAUUUCCUCCAGAGUUAUCAGUCUCUCUCCAGUAUCAGUGUAUCUUCAGACUUACCCAGCAUCGUUGUCCGUCCUCUUCAGUACUUUGGAGAUGUGAGUAAGACUGUGUCUGAACUGAGAGAGAAACUAGAAGACUUCCUUAAAGGAGAAUGGACCAAGAUCUCCACUACAGUGAAUAUAGUGGAUGUUGUACUGCCUCCAGAGCCCAAGACCAGAGAACAGUUGUUACAAUAUUCCUGUCAGCUCACACUGGACCCAAACACAGCACACACACACCUCUCUCUGUCUGAAGGGAACAGAAAGGUGACCUAUACAGGCCAAGUCCAACCAUAUCCUGACCAUCCAGACAGAUUCACCAACUACUACCAGGUUCUGUGUAGAGAGGGUCUGUCUGGACGCUGUUACUGGGAGGUGGAGAGGACUGGUGUUGUUUAUACAGCAGUCUCAUAUAAAGACAUCAGCAGAACAGAGACAGAUAGUAGAUUUGGAGACAAUAACAAGUCCUGGAGUUUAAAGUACUAUAGUGGUGGUUAUUGGUUCAGACACAAUAAUGUUGAGACUAAAGUAUCAGGCCCUCAGUCCUCCAGAGUAGGAGUGUACCUGGAUCACAAGGCAGGUACUCUGUCCUUCUACAGUGUCUCUGACACAAUGACCCUCCUCCACAGAGUCCAGACCACAUUCACUCAGCCCCUCUAUCCUGGGUUUGGUCUCUCUGGUUCUGCUGAGCUGGUUAAACUGUAAACUGAUUAGUUAUUAAUUAAAAUUCAAUCCAAUGUUUUAA